ACUCAUAUCUCUAUAUUUCCAUUUUUGCUUGUUCUACACCUCUACAACAUUACUAUUAGCAACACACAAGAUGAGCACCCCCAGAGAUAAGCAUAACUCGCCAGUGCCCUCGACACUUCUUGGCGAAGUGCGCAGCGGCCACGAGCUGGACAUCCAAAAGCUCGAGUUAUUUUUGAAACAAAUCAAACAGGAUGUUUUGCCCCCAUUAUCAGUCAAGCAGUUCAACGUUGGGCAGAGCAACCCGACGUAUCUGAUUACGGAUUCGGCAGGCAAGAAUUAUGUUUUACGCAAAAAGCCCGCCGGCCAGCUGCUGUCCAAAACGGCCCAUGCUGUCGAGCGCGAGUACCGGGUACUGCAUGCUCUGGGACAGCACACGCAGGUGCCAGUGCCUAAAGUGUACGCCCUAUGCGAGGACACCAGCGUGCUAGGCACGCCGUUCUAUCUGAUGGAGUUUUUGGAAGGCCGCAUUCAUUCCGACGUGCGGCUGCCUAGGAUUCAGCCGCAGGAUCGGGUGUUGUACUGGGACGCGCUAGUCAAUGUGCUGGCCAAGCUUCAUCAGGUUGAUUACCGGCAGAUCGGACUGACCGGGUACGGGAAGCCAAGCGGGUACUAUGAGCGGCAGAUGCGCAGCCUGGCCAGGGUCUCUGCAGCUCAGGCAGCGGUUGUGGACUCGAAGGGUGGGAGUGUCGGCGCAUUGCCGCGUCUGGACCAUCUCAUGCGCUGGUUUGCUGCUAACAAAUGUACCGACGAGACCACCAUAGUGCAUGGCGAUUUCAAGAUGGACAAUGUCGUGUGGCAUCCAACUCAGCCAAUAAUCAUUGGUAUUCUCGAUUGGGAGCUGUCAACGCUGGGAAACCCGCGGACGGACCUAGCCAAUAUGCUGCAGCCGCUUCUGGUUCCAUUUUCUAGCAGUAAUGCAGUGCACUCUAUUUUAAUCGGCUUAAAUGGUGCACCUGCGGCAGAGGCCUCGCCCUCGGAGGAGAGACUGCUGCGGAGGUAUUGUCGUUUGAUGGGCCGCGAGUACCCGCUGGAAGGGUGGGAGUUUGCCAAAGUUUUUGGACUGUUUAGGAACACUGUUAUUCAGCAGGGCGUGGCAGCAAGGGUGGCGACUGGCCAGGCCUCCUCUUCUUUUGCGCAUUUAGUGGGGAACCUAUUUUUGCAGACUAUGGCCACGACCAUGGGAAUUGUCGACAAGCUAGACUCUAAGGCUCGCAAAAGCAAACUUUGAGUCUCUAGGCAGUGUGGGGAAUAUGUUAAAAAAUGAAGCGUCAUCAUUUCGUUGUCCAGACCUUUGAUUCAUUUUUUAAUAUUUGCUGGACAAAUGUAUUUCUACUAUUCAAUAUUAACUCACACAUAUGUAAUUUAAAGAUGGGCAGACCCAGCUUUUAAUUCUAAAACAAGACAUGUUUUUGCUGAACAAUAUUUAGAACACAAUAAGGCGUGUAGAAUCGCAUAAAGAGCCUGCUAAACUUUUUUUUCGACUUUUGCCAUCCUAUUGCGUUAUUGUAUGCAUUAUAAUGGAAA